AUGCACCCUUCCUCCUACUUCUUCAACGUCUCCCCCAACGACUUGUUGCUUUCUCCGGCGCCCAGAGAAAUGGCCUACUCUCGACACCGUCCAACCUGCCACUUUAUCGCGCCGCACUCGUGGUCCAACGACCCUUGCGGCGCGGUAUACGUUCCAGAGUCUCGGCAAUACCUCAUCUGCUACCAGUGGAAUCCCGGGACCACCGAGGGAGGCAAUUGCGCGUGGGGCAUGGCCAAGAGCGACGACCUCGUCACCUGGCAGGACUGCAUGCCCGCCAUCUGGAACGGCAGCUCGUACGACUGCGCCGGCGUCUUCUCGGGAUCCAUCGUCUCGAGGCUGGUCGACGGCCGGCGCGUGCUGUACCUGUUCUACACCAGCGUGUCCGCCGUGCCCAUCCACUGGUCCAAGCCUUACCUCGAGGGCUGCGAAACGCAGUCGGUCGCCAUCUCGACGGACCUGGGCCAGACCUGGGUGCGGCACGCGGCCAACCCCCUCAUGCGGGGGCCGCCCCGGGCCGCCGCGACCACGGGGUGGAGGGACCCCUUUGUCUCCCCGAGCCGCUCGCUGUCGGAUGCCCUGGGCAUCAGCCGCCUCACAGACUACAUGCUGCUGGCGUCCGGGGAGCGCGGCCGCGGCCCCGAGCUCCACCUGUACAAGUCGUCGGACCUGCAGUCGUGGGAGUACGUCUCGCUCCUCCUGGACGUGGACCUGCACAGCCUGGUUUCCGACCGCAGCAGCCGGAGAUGGGGCAUCAGCUUUGAGUGCGCCAGCUUCUUCAGCGUGGGCGACACCGACUACCUCGUUGUCGGCGUGGAAGAAACGGAGGGGAGCAAGCACCACAACGGCCACUACAUCCUCUGGCUGGGCGGCAAGUUCGUCCUCGACGGCGCCACGGCGGCGCCUCGCUUCCGCAUCGACAGCCACAGCAUGCUGGACCACGGCAUCCUGUACGCGGCCCACGUCUUCCGGGACGAGGAGAACCGCCUGCUGCAGCUGGGCUGGGCAGACGAGACGGCAAAGAAGCACGUGGUGCAAGGCCAAGGCUGGGCCGGCUGCCUGGGGCUGCCGAGAGAGCUCGUCCAAGUUUGCCGGCCCCUGGACGCCCGCGCGGCCUCGUGGCCAGAGUGGCAGGUCGACGACGCAGCCGGCACCAUGACGACGCUCGGCGUCCGGCCGGCACCGCAGCUCGAGAAGCUCAGGCCCGCGGCUCCGUGCUCGCUCGCCAGCUUCAGCCGGCUCCAGUCGCAAAACUACGAAGUCAGAGCAACCUUCUCCAACCUGACGGGUGCCGAGCGCUUCACCCUCAACGUCCUGCAGGCGCCCGACUCGGCCGAAGUCACCAGGAUCAUCUUUGACACAAGACGCCAGGAAAUCACCGUGGACCGCUCGAAAUCCUCCCUCAAGCAGCUGGGCACCGCGACACCCGACAGCGGCAGCCUGAGGCUCCUGCCGGGGGAGCAUCUCGACGUCAGGGUCUUUGUCGACGUGUCCAUCAUCGAGGUUUACGCCAACGACCGGUUCGCGCUGACCUCGCGGGUGUAUCCCUCGCUGGACUCGUCGACGGGGGCUUCGUGUGAUUUCGGGGACUUCCCCGAGGCCGGCGUCAGCUUCGAGUGCUGGCACGGCCUGCAAAGCGCCUGGCCUGGACGAGAGCUCGGCUGCGGCAUGUUGCUGCCGGAGCUGCUCCCCAAGGCGGGCACUGCGGUGGAUUCGUCGGAAAGGGUGAUUGCGGUGACGGAGAUGGCGGUGGAGAUGACGGCCGCGUCUUGA